AAAAUGUUCAGAGGGUAGCCGUCACUCCCAUCCCUCUUUUCCCUCUCUUCCUCACGCUCCACUCCCCUCACCAGCAACUGGCGGCCAGCAGCAGCCCACUGCCACCACGGCACCACCAGAAGCAGCCCCUUCCACCCUACUCUAGCAGCAGGCGGCUGUAGGCCCUCCUAAGAGCAGCUCUGCUGCGUUUUUCCUCCUCCAGCCGUGGAGGCUGCCCACACGACCACCAAUUGUGGUCCACCACCACACACGUGAGCCACCACCACAAGGACCACCCAUCUCUUGGUCCACUUCUUAGUCUCACUCUUUGUGCUCAUUUCAUAAGAGGAAAGUAGAACUUUAAUUGGGUGAUUUUUGUGACUUUUAGUCGUGCAGUGAUGCUUACAGAUUAGUAUAUGGGAUGACUGGAAAAGUUUCGGCCCAAGGAGCGGCAUUGAUGAUAUCUCAGCAUAGCAUCACCUCCCUCUCCCAGCCUUUCCACCCUCCUCAGUUCUUCUCAUUCUCUCGUCCUAAAUUUCUCCAAAAUCCCUCACUUUUCCGCUCCUCAUCGCCCGUCACAAGUGCCAAUGGCCUCCAAUUCCGCCGCAAACUCCUCUAUCUCGAAUCCCUAAACAUCAACUCUCUGAAGGCCCUAAGCAAAAACCCCCAAUUCCGCUCCUCAUCUCUCCAAAGUUUGAAGUCCAUUGAGAAUUGCCUGUCCUCUUUUGGUAUUCCUCGCUCUUCACUAGGUCGCAUUUUCGAUAUGUUUCCCCAACUCCUUACUUCUGACCCUCACCUCCAUCUCUACCCAGUUUUUGAUUUCCUCAUCAACGAAGUUGAAAUUCCUUUCCCGGAUGUUGGCAAGUCCAUUAUUCGAUGCCCUAGAUUGCUCGUUUCUAGCGUUGACUUUCAAUUGCGCCCUACCCUGUUGUUCUUGCGAAGAUUAGGAUUUGUAGGGAGGCAUAAAAUUGAUUGCCAUACCUGUGUUUUGUUGGUUUCCAACGUCGAGAAUACCUUGGUUCCUAAGCUUGAUUUCUUGAAAAGUCUAGGCUUUUCAGAUUUUGAGGUGGCGAAGAUGGUCAUCAGGUCACCCGGGCUGCUAACGUACAGUAUCGAAAACAACUUGAAACCCAAAGUAGAGUAUUUUGUGAAAGAAAUGAAAAGAGAUUUAAAAGAAAUCAAGCAGUUUCCACAAUAUUUUUCGUUUAGUUUGGAGGGAAAGAUUAAGCCGCGACAUAGACAGUUGAUGGAAAAUGGAUUUUCCAUGUCAGUUAGGGAUAUGCUGAAGGUUAGCGAUGGCGAGUUUGGUGUUCGGAUGCUUGAGAUGAGAUUUCAGCUUAUUGAUCAAUUGUAGUACAUUGUGCUAAUAGUUAGACAUUUGAUACAUGUAGGAUCAGAUAUGUAUAUUUUACCUCAAAUCAUUAGUGCGAAAAUGCACCCUUGGUUAUAGUCGCAAACGGCUUCUGCGGUAAAUGCAAAUUGUUUCAUGGUUGUCUUAGCCUAUAUUUCAUCGGGAUAUGUUAUGAAGCGAUAUUUAGCGCUAUGUCUCAAAUAUAAACCUUUCCAUUGAAGCAGUAUUAUGUUCGAGAAUCAACAAUUGACAUUCAAUGUGUAAUUUGUCGCUGGUUGUAUAAUAUCUUAUAUUUCAGUCGGAAUACGGUGAUGAAGGCGAUAUUUAGCACUAUGUCUCAUAUAUAAACCUUUCCUUUGAAAGGGUAUUAUGUUUGAGAAUCGACAUUCAAUGUGUAAUUUGUCACAUGUUGUAUAAUAUCCUUUUUUGGGAUAGCAUGAAGUAUAAAUUUGUUCUUCAAUACCAUGAGUCAGUAUACAUUUGUACUUCAAUACCUUGAGUCCUGUAUCGACUUAUCAACUUAUAGUGUAGCUUGAUUAUCCUGUGAUUUUGUAUUAGUUCGGUCAAUAAGUUAAUUCAUAAACUA